ACGACGCGGGACGCCGGUGUGGCAGUGGCGGAAGAAGCAGAUAUCGCGGACCACCUCCGCGCCCCCCAAUUCCUUUCAACCAAUUCCCUCCCAGCCGCGGAGCCCCGCCCCGAGUCCGCCUCCGGCCAGCUUGGGCGGAGCGCACGGCCAGUGGGAGGUGCUGAGCCGCCUGAUUUAUUCCGGUCCCAGAGGAGAAGGCGCCAGAACCCCGCGGGGUCUGAGCAGCCCAGCGUGCCCAUUCCAGCGCCCGCGUCCCCGCAGCAUGUCGCGCCCCCGCCUGCUGGCCGCGCUGUGCGGCGCGCUGCUCUGCGCCCCCAGCCUCCUCGUCGCCCUGGAUAUCUGUUCCAAAAACCCCUGCCACAACGGUGGUUUAUGCGAGGAGAUUUCCCAAGAAGUGCGAGGGGACGUCUUCCCCUCGUAUACCUGCACGUGCCUUAAGGGCUACGCGGGCGACCACUGUGAGACGAAGUGCGUCGAGCCGCUGGGCAUGGAGAAUGGGAACAUUGCCAACUCACAGAUCUCCGCCUCAUCUGUGCGUGUGACCUUCUUGGGUUUGCAGCAUUGGGUCCCGGAGCUGGCCCGCCUGAACCGCGCAGGCAUGGUCAAUGCCUGGACACCCAGCAGCAAUGAUGAUAACCCCUGGAUCCAGGUGAACCUGCUGCGGAGGAUGUGGAUAACAGGUGUGGUGACACAGGGUGCCAGCCGCUUGGCUAGUCAUGAGUACCUGAAGGCCUUCAAGGUGGCCUACAGCCUUAAUGGACACGAAUUCGAUUUUCUCCAUGAUGUUAAUAAAAAACACAAGGAGUUUGUGGGUAACUGGAACAAAAACGCGGUGCAUGUCAACCUGUUUGAGACCCCUGUGGAGGCUCAGUACGUGAGGUUGUACCCCACGAGCUGCCACACGGCCUGUACUCUGCGCUUUGAGCUACUGGGCUGUGAGUUGAACGGAUGCGCCAGUCCCCUGGGCCUGAAGAAUAACAGCAUCCCUGACAAGCAGAUCACGGCCUCCAGCAGCUACAAGACCUGGGGCUUGCAUCUCUUCAGCUGGAACCCCUCCUACGCACGGCUGGACAAGCAGGGCAACUUCAACGCCUGGGUUGCGGGGAGCUACGGUAACGAUCAGUGGCUGCAGGUGGGUCAGCCUUCUUGGGAUGUGCGGCUGGGGUUGGGUGGGACGAGGUGGGACUGCCAGAUCUUUGACCUCUCUCCAGCCCAGGCUUCUGCUCCCCAAAAGAGUUCUGGAAAAGCCUUGUUUUUCUUCGGCUUUUCUUUCUUCUUCCCACCUGUACUCCCCUCUCCUGAUCCUGCUUCCACCAAGGUGGAGAAAGGGUGUGUGUGUGUGAAUGUGUGUGUGUGUGAAUGUGUGUGUGAAUGUGAAUGUGUUUAUGAAUGUGUGUGUGAAUGUGUGUGUGAAUGUGAAUGUGUGUAUGAAUGUGUGUGAAUGUGCGCGUGUGUGAAUGUGUGUAAGAAUGUGUGUGAGUGUGUGAAUGUGUGUGUGUGAAUGUGUGUGUGUGAAUGUGUUUAUGAAUGUGUGAGUGUGUGUGUGAAUGUGAAUGUGUUUAUGAAUGUGUGUGAAUGUGUGUGUGAAUGUGAAUGUGUGUAUGAAUGUGUGAAUGUGUGUGAAUGUGUGUGAAUGUGUGUGAGUGUGAAUGUGUGUGUGAAUGUGUGUGUGCGUGUGUGAAUGUGUGUGAGUGUGUGUGAAUGUGUGUGAGUGUGUGUGAGAAUGUGUGUGAAUGUGUGUGCGCAUGUGUGAAUGUGUGUAAGAAUGUGUGUGUGUGAAUGUGUGUGUGAAUGUGUGUGUGAAUGUUUAUGAAUGUGUGUGUGUGAAUGUGAAUGUGUUUAUGAAUGUGUGUGAAUGUGUGUGUGAAUGUGAAUGUGUGUAUGAAUGUGUGAAUGUGUGUGAGUGUGUGUGAAUGUGUGUGUGAAUGUGUGUGUGAGAAUGUGUGUGAGUGUGUGAAUGUGUGUGUGAAUGAGAAUGUGUGUGAGUGUGUGUGAAUGUGUGUGUGAAUGUGAAUGUGUGUGAAUGUGUGUGAGUGUGUGAAUGUGUGUGUGUGAGUGUGUGUGAAUGUGUGUGAGUGUGUGUGUGUGUGUGUGUGAGAAUGUGUGUGUAUGUGUGUACACAGGAGGAGAGCCACUCCGUGGGCUGCCACAGGGUUGACAGGGCUCAGCCUAUGGACAGCAGGGUGGAGGCGGAAGAGGGAGACAUGACCCAGGCAUCUUGGGACCUCUCCCUUGAGCACAGCGUACAUAUUCUCUGACUCAGUGUCUAAGAAGCCACCAUGUGACAUCCCUUGUCUGUCAUUGAAACUAGGAAACAGUCAUGGAAAACCAGAGCUUGUUUUAUAGAUGAGGAAGCUGAGAGCUGGCAGGACGAUGAUCUGCCUAGUACCCACCUACUGGCUGGCAGUGAGUUGGGUUUACACCUGGAUGUUGGGGAACUGUGUGUCCAGGCGCAGCUGGCAGGUUCUCCAGGGAGGUCAGGGACCGGGGACAGGAGGUCUGUCUCAGGGCCCCAUGGAGCACACUGCGGAGCUGGGUUCCCUGAGGAGCUGCCUGCCUGUGGAUACCCUCAGGACCAGUGUCAGACUGUGGGCAGCACUGCAGGGAGCCUCUAGAGCAUUCAUGCCCCUCCUGGCUGUGGCCUUUCCUAUCCUUCUUCCCAUCACAGCGCAGUGCGGGUCUCAGGCAGGGGUGGCUGGCGUGGAGUUGGCCAGGGCCCAGACUCUACGAGCUUUAUAGCAGUGAGGUACCGAACACCAUGUGUGGCAAAGUAGGUGGUAUUAUUUAUGCCCCCCCAUCGCUUUUUUUUUUUUUUUUUUUCUGAGACAGAGCCUUGCUCUGUCACCCAGGCUGGAGUGCAGUGGCGUCAUCUCGGCUCACUGCAGCCUCCGCCUCCUGGAUUCAAGCGGUUCUUCUGACUCAGCCUUCCUAGUAGCUGGGAUUACAGGCACCCACCAUCAUGCCCAGCUAAUUUUUUGUAUUUUUAGUAGAGAUGGGGUUUCACCAUGUUGGUCAGGCUGGUCUCGAACUCCUGACCUCAGGUGAUCCACCCGCCUCAGUCUCCCAAAGUGUUGGGAUUAUAGGCAUGAGACACCAUGUCCGGCCUUAUGCCCAUUUUAUAGCCAAGGAAACUGAGGCUCACCCAAGUAGUUUUUUUCAAAACUAGAAGUCAUGCCUCAGUGUGUCUGCUUCUUUUCACCUUACUGGAGAUGGUCCAAGCAGAGGAAGUGUGGUUGGUUUCUUCUGUAGGUGGACCUGGGCUCCCUGAAGGAGGUGACAGGCAUCAUCACCCAGGGAGCCCGUAACUUUGGCUCUGUCCAGUUUGUGGCAUCCUACAAGGUUGCCUACAGUAAUGACAGUGCGAACUGGACUGAGUACCAGGACCCCAGGACUGGCAGCAGUAAGGUGGGUGUCUGUCCAGCUGCCCACCCUUUGCCAUUCCUUCAUUACUUCCCUGGGAGUCUGGCCUGGGGCUCUGAGGGGAGGGGGGCUGGCUUGGGGUCCUCCUGACACCCGCUCUGCCUCUAGAUCUUCCCUGGCAACUGGGACAACCACUCCCACAAGAAGAACUUGUUUGAGACGCCCAUCCUGGCUCGCUAUGUGCGCAUCCUGCCCGUAGCCUGGCACAACCGCAUCGCCCUGCGCCUGGAGCUGCUGGGCUGUUAGUGGCCGCCUGCCACCCCCAGGUCUUCCUGCUUUCCAUGGGCCCGCUGCCUCUUGGCUUCUCAGCCCCUUUAAAUCACCAUAGGGCUGGGGACUGGGGAAGGGGAGGGUGUUCAGAGGCAGCACCACCACACAGUCACCCCUGCCUCCCUCUUUCUCACCCUCCACCUCUCAUGGGCCCUGCCCCAGCCCCUAACCCCCAUCCCCUAACCCCCAGCCCUCACUGUCCUGUUUUCUUAGGCACUGAGGGAUCUGAGUAGGUCUGGGAUGGACAGGAAAGGGCAGAGUAGGGCGUGUGGUUUCCCUGCUCCUGUCCGGACCCCCGAUCCCAGGCACGUGUGUCUCUCUCUCUCCUAGCCCCUCUCUCACACGUCACAUUCCCAUGGCAGACUUAAGAAAGGCCCGGAAGCACCAGGUUGGAGAUAACAGCCUCUUGCCCAUCAGCCCUGUGUCUGCCCUGGGGUACCAUGUGGCCACAACUGCUGUGGCCCCCUGUCCCCAAGACACUUCCCCUUGUCUCCCUGGAUACCUCUCUUGCCCCUUGUCCUGAAGCCCAGUGACGCAGAAUGGGGUGGGGCGGGUCUAUGGGGAGAUAAGGGAGCAAGGUCAGAGGAGGGCAUGGGUUGGCAGGGUGGGCGUUUGGGGCCCUCUGAGCUGGCUUUUCACCCCAGAGGACACAGGCAGCUUCCAAAAUAUAUUUAUCUUCUUCACGGGAA